CUCUUGGCUAACUUUUGGACUUAACAUAAGGAGUUUAUUUUAGGGCGAAGGAUCUCUAUUAAUGAAUGGAUCCUGCCUGUUUUUCCACCGCGCAGCGUCUUUCCUGUAAAAUGAUGAAUCCGGAUUUGUUCAAACCGUCCCCGGACCGUCCUCAGGCGGCUCAACCGCCAGCCAAACCGAACCGGAGUAAAUCUGAACACGUUAAGACGGAGCUCGCGCAGGUGGUGGUUGACGCCAAGACUGGAAGGUCGUACUGUAAAGGAAAGCUUUUGGGAAAGGGUGGUUUUGCACGAUGCUAUGAAAUGACAGAUCUGGCCAACAACAAGAUGUAUGCAGUCAAGGUUAUUCCUCAGAGCAGAGUCUCAAAGCCACACCAGAAAGACAAGAUCAUUAAUGAAAUAGAGCUUCACAAAAGCCUCCAACACAAGCAUGUGGUGAAGUUCUCUCAUCAUUUCGAAGACCAAGACAACAUUUACAUAUUCCUUGAACUUUGCAGCAGAAAGUCUUUAGCACACAUUUGGAAAGCAAGACAUACGUUGACAGACCCUGAAGUUCGUUACUACCUCAGACAGAUCAUAUCCGCACUUAAAUACCUCCACAACAAAGGCAUCCUCCACAGAGAUCUCAAAUUGGGUAAUUUUUUCGUGAACGAGAACAUGGAGUUGAGAUUGGGAGAUUUUGGGCUGGCAGCGAAGUUGGAGACAGUUGAGCAAAGGAAGAAAACCAUCUGUGGAACCCCAAACUAUCUGGCACCAGAAGUCUUAAACAGACAAGGACAUGGGACGGAGUCAGAUGUUUGGUCACUGGGUUGCGUAAUGUACACACUCCUAUGUGGAAAUCCACCUUUUGAAACCUUAGACUUGAAAGAGACCUACAAAUGUAUUAAGGAAGUGAAAUACAGCCUUCCUCCAUCCCUCACUCCGGCUGCACAGAAGCUGAUCUCUGCAGUCCUACAGAAGAAACCGGCAGACCGCCUUACACUGGACCAGAUACUGGCCCAUGAGUAUUUCACAAAGAGCUUCACCCCAGAAAAACUUCCCCCAAGCAGCUGCGUGAUGGUGCCUGAGCUGAAUCCACCCAGUCCUGCCAAGAAGUUCUUCACCAAGAUGGCCAAGAGCCUCUUCGGCAAGAAAAAAUCCAAAACAGGUGAGAAGACUCCUUGUGAGGACAAAGAUGACAUUUCAAAACUGGUGUCGGGCAUGGUGAAGCACUCCAUUGGUCGGCAGAUGAGCUACAAGACAAUGGGAGUGAACGAGGCCACUUCACCCACAGUUCAGCUGGCAAGCUCUGGACCCCUGGACACCCCAGCAGAGGAGGAGUCCAGGAAGUCUGCAUCACGUUCCUUCAAAGGCACCGUCGCUAGUAGCACUGAUGCUUGUGAAGACGUCCCUGCCCCUGCUGCUGUAGCCGAGUCUGCCAUGAAGGUUCUCAACAGCUGCUUGUCUUCCAUGCCAGCAGCCUCAAGAAACCCACCCUGCCUUCCUAAACCCAAGCCCUUCGUCUGGGUAACCAAGUGGGUGGAUUACUCCAACAAAUAUGGCUUUGGUUACCAACUUUCCAAUCAAAAUGUUGGUGUACUCUUCAAUGAAGGCACUCAUCUGAGCUUGUGUAACCAGCAAAGGACUGUACGGUACUGUCUGACAAACAACAAACACUUUACAUUCCCUGCUGAUGCUUUACCAGAGAAGCUCCAGAAUCAAAAACACAUAGUGGAUUUGAUGGCUAACUACAUGGAGCAGAACCUGAUGGAGGGUGGAGAUGUCAACAGUGAGGACCAGCCACCUCCAAGCUCUUCUCCAUUACUGCUGCAGUGGAUUAAAACUGACCACGCCUUAGUCAUGCUCUUUGACAACAGUACCCUACAGGUCAACUUUUACACUGAUCACACAAAGAUAAUCCUUAGCAAGUCCUCGGAGUACUCGUACCUGCUGACUUACAUUAGCAAGGACCGUGUCUCUUACUCCUACCCUCUGAGUGUGCUUUCCGAGUGGGGCUGCUCUUCAGAACUACGGCAGCGCCUUCAUUAUGUGGUACAGCUUCUCCAGCACUACACCAAUGCAUAAAAUAACUCUUCAAACCCGCGGAAACACCGUUCCACUUUGUAUUACGACUUGCUGCUUACUGCUUCUGUUUUGGAAGCAAUAAAAAAAAGGACUAAAGACAAAGAAAUCAGGGGUAGCUUCCACGUUGCCACGAAGAUCUCCUGUCCUUGGCCAUUGGCUGGCCUCUUUGAACUAUGGUGCACUAUUUUUGUUUUUUCUUCAUUUUGCAACUCAGCCUACACCAACCGUAUCACUACGAGCUUGACUCAACAGUGUGCACAACCAAAAUUUGAGCCUGUUGUUUUUUUUAGCUGGACUGAAGUGCAGAUGGCUCACAGGGUUCUUAAUUGACUAACUUGUCUCGCAGUGUUCAAAACACUGUGCAAGAUGGUCUUUGCUUUUUAUUCUUGAUCACUUGGAAUUUUUUUUUAAGACAUUUUAUUUCACUAAGUAGUACACAUCCAACGUGAAGAGCUAUAAAACACCAAAAGGUUAUUCUUUUUAAGAGAUUAAUUUUUAAGAUGGCAGAGGUGAAUGGCUGAGGAUGGCUGUUGAACAAACUGAUUCAUAAAGGAGCAGUCGGGUGGGAGUGACUAAAGUGCCUUUUUGAUGGAUUCCUCUGUGCAAUAAUGGCCUUCUGCAUCAAGCUGAAGUCACAAAGGGAAUGAAAAUGGGCUUUACAUAGUCUUCAUAUCGGUUUCAAUUUGGUUUUCCAAGUGAUUAGACCGGAUUGGGGAAAUAAACACUACAAAUACACACCUGAUAUAAGCUUUUUGCUCUUAAAAGGUAUUGUAUCCUUAUUGUCUGUACUUGAGGAAAAAAAGACUAUUCAGUGUGCCUCCAGCUUUGUUUACUUUACAUGCUCCACCGUAACUAAUGUCCUCAAAACUGUGAGUCUGGCUGUAAGUGUUAAAUAAGUGUACACAAUGCCAACAUUGUGAAAGCCAUUACCCUCAAAUCCUAACUAGUAUAAUUAUAAUUAAUUGUGGCAUAUGUUCUAUUUAUUUAUUUUUUUUAUUUAUUAAUGUAACAAUUGUAUGGUGUCAACACUGGGAAAUGUUCAGAAUGAUCACUUUUUAUGUAUUGAGAGAGUGUGGGGGAAUAAAGUUUAUUGAA